ACCUUAAAGAGUGGACCCCAAAAACCCCAUCGUGAAAACCACUGUGAAAUAUCUGAAUAUUCUCCUAACUGUAGAUAAUUGGGUGGCAGUGAGGAGACACCCCACCCACCAACCCAUGACCUGCUGUGAAGUGAAACGUCGGCGGAUCCACUCCGCGUUUUUCCAUGCGCCCUAAUAAGCGCCGUGUAGGUUAAAAGGAGAAUUAGAGGAAACAAGGAGGCACAACAAACAAGAAGGGCGUGUAGACUAAGAGGGAAUCGUUGGCAUGUCCUGACCAAACGAGGGAGGAUAAUGUGAGGAAAACGAGAAAUCAGGACGCGUUUCUUUGCUGCUGCUGCUGCUGCUGCGUUCCCGGAUCUGAACGUUCACCGGAGGAUGCUGCAUCCCCUGGACCGCUGCUAUCCGCUCCCGAUCCGCGCAGUCUGCUCGGCUGCGGCUCACUGUGAAUAUUCCAGCGUGUGACGGCCGGAGGAGGAGGACGAUGUGCGAACAGGCUUUCGGGGAGCAGAAGGGUUCACUGAACAUUUAGAAGCUUUUCCCGGAGGAGGAUCUGCGAGGAUUUUCCUGCGCGCUGUGCUCCUCAGUCGCAUCACUGCCGACUUGUGUCAGACGCAAAGGAGGGUAAAAAAGACGGACUUGAUCAUCUCCUCACUGCUUAAUUAUUCAGGAGUAUCUGUUCCCCAAGAUCAACAUAUGCUGGUGUCUUUGUCUUAAACCCUCCGUGCAUGUUCCUAAACCCGGGCUCGAAGUGGCGGUGACACGGAUGAAAGCCGAUGGCCAGGCGCCCCAAAUUUCCUCAGAAGGGGGUGCAACCUAAAUUAACCCCGGUGCCAAAUGCUUUCCGCACAUCGCAGGCUGAGGGAGCACUGAAUCUGUGACACCUUCUCCGGAGACCCCCCUUCCCCCUCCUCCUCCUCCUCCUCCGGCCCCCAAACCUCUCGGAGCCCGGGCACCGGCGACUUUUUAAUGGCUUUUGUGUUCAGAAGAUGGAGGGUUUUACUGGUGCUGAAUGUGCUUGCUGUUGCUGGGUUCAUGACUUUCUGGGCCAAGUGCAACACACGCAGCGUCCAGGCCGCCGGUCCGGAGGCUCCGGCUGACGGGAAGAGGCCCCGGGGCAACGGGACGGCGCAGGGGCCCGGCAUCAGCCAUGAGGUGCUGCUGAAGAGGCUCAGCUCGCUGGAGGACGUGGUGUACAGGCAGUUAAACGGUCUGUCCAAAUCUCUGGGUCUGAUCGAGGGCUUCGGGGGUCGGGGCAAAGGCGGCCUGCCUGCCACGCUGUCGCCGGCUGAGGAGAGCGACGCUAAAUACCUGAGGGAGAAGUACGGCUACAACGCCUACCUCAGUGACAGAAUCUCUCUGGAUCGGAACAUACCAGACCACCGGCCCGGCAAAUGCAGAAAGGUCAGCUACCCGAGAGACCUCCCACAGAUCUCCCUCAUCUUCAUCUUCGUCAACGAGGCUCUGUCAGUGAUCCUGCGCUCAGUCCACUCUGCCGUCAAUCACACUCCGGCUCACUUGCUCAAAGAAAUCAUCCUGGUGGAUGACAAUAGCGAUGACGAGCAGCUGAAGGGACCACUGGAGGAGUACGUGAACAAGCGCUACCCCGGCCUGGUGAAGAUCGUCAGGAACCAGAAGAGAGAGGGGCUGAUCCGAGCCAGAAUCGAGGGCUGGAAGGUGGCCACCGCCGAGGUGACAGGAUUUUUUGACGCCCACGUGGAGUUCACGCCAUCCUGGGCCGAGCCGGUUCUGGCCAGAAUAAAAGAGGACCACAAGAGGAUUAUUCUGCCCUCCAUCGAUAACAUCAAGCACGACACCUUCGAGGUGGAGCGUUACGAGAACUCAGGCCAUGGCUACAACUGGGAGCUGUGGUGCAUGUACAUCAACCCGCCCAAACAAUGGUGGGACGAGGGGGACAUAUCAGCUCCCAUCAGGACUCCCGCCAUGAUUGGCUGCUCAUUUGUGGCCAACCGCGACUACUUUGGCGAACUCGGCUUGCUCGACUCGGGCAUGGAUGUCUAUGGAGGGGAGAACAUCGAACUGGGCAUCAGGGUGUGGCUGUGUGGAGGCAGUAUGGAGGUGCUGCCUUGUUCCAGGGUGGCUCACAUCGCACGGAUGAAGAAACCCUACCACAGUAACAUAGCUUUCCACACACGGCGUAACGCUCUACGCGUGGCUGAGGUCUGGAUGGACGAGUACAAGUCCAACGUCUACCUGGCGUGGAACAUCCCCAUGGAGAGCCACGGUAUCGAUUAUGGCGACAUCUCUCAGAGGGUUGCACUGAGGAAGAGUCUGCAGUGUAAAAGCUUUGAGUGGUACCUCGACAACGUUUACCCAGAGAUGAGGAGGUACAACAACACACUGUUCUACGGCGAGAUCCGUAACUCCAAAGUGAGCCACCUGUGUAUGGAUCAGGGCAUGAAGGAGAACCACACGGCCACCCUGCACCCCUGCCAUGGAUGGGGUCCUCAGUGCAGAAGUAGAUCCUCAUUUAUCUCAGAAGAUGGACAGAGCACUUCAGGAAAAGAAGCCAGUGGAGUGAAGGAUAGCGAACAGAAAGAGUUGGGACGUUACACCAAAGAGGGUCAGCUGUUCCUGGGCCCUCUGGGCAGCACCGGCGACGACACUCGCUGUGUGGUCGACGAUCAGAUCAGCAGCUUUCCUCAGCUCCUCAACUGCGACAAGGUGUCCAAUGUGAAGCAGAAGACGUGGCAUUUCUCUCAGAACGAAUCGAUCAGGAAUCGAGCCACGGGACGCUGUCUGGAGGUGGUACCGGCUAACGUUUACUUCGGCCACCUGCUGGUCCUGCAGCCCUGCUCCGGGCAGAGGUGGACCAUCAAGAACACCAUGCAGCAGUAGUCGAUGGGCCAAUUUCACUGCAGGCAACGACACCAGAGGCCAUUUUCAAGAGCGCUCACCUGACCUCCGCUUGGCCUCGGGAUGACUGAUGAGGCAGAGGCCCCUCGUCUUAUCAAGUAAAGACUGAGAUGGUUUCAAAUGAGAUCUGAGCUGUGAACAUCUCAGUGAUACGAGUUUUGUGAAAAAAGUUUUUUUUGGACUUUCAAAAUGAUCCAGUUUUAGCAUGAGGACUCUUUUUCUCUCUCUGUCUGAAUGACAAACUUUCGAUGUGACGUUGCCAUAAUUCCUGUAUGUGCCACUUCUCCACGGUGUGUUUAGGUUUAAGGACGGAGAUUUGAUCGGCCAGAUCGGUUCUGUCUUCUGCGUAAGGGAGGCUAAGGUUUCUAUCUUCGUCCUCAAAAUGUUUCUGCAUUAUGUCAUUCUGUAUCAUGUUAGGUCUUUUAAGCUGAAUAAAAGAAUAAAAUACCUGGGA